ACUGAAUCAAGAUGGACCCUCCUGGUCAAUAUGAGGGACGAAGCAAUAUGGACUCCGCAGAACGAGACAUGGAGAGCUUGCAAAAAGAGAACGAGCGCCUGAGACAAGAUCUGGAUGACUGUCGAGGCCAGCUCUUUCAAAUAUUGCAGAGAACAAAAGGCGUUCCUGAGAGCGACAUCAAAAAUGCGUUCCACGCAAUCUACAGCGGAAUCGACGCCUGGAUUGAUGAAGCCUUCGCUGAAGAAAGCCUGGAAUCUGCCUUCCACAAUCAAUUCAGGAGAGCCAAGUCCGAAAAAGAGCGGUUUCGGUCUUUAGGGCUGCAUCCACAAUGCUACGCAGACAUCAAAUGGAUUUCGGACUUCGGCCGUUUGGAAUACUGCUUUCAUAUUGUUCUCUGCAGAGUCAUCUCAAAAUUUCUGACGGAUAUUACUUUCCGUGGUAAAGAGACCAAGGAGUGGGAGCACUUGUACCCGCACAGCCUUACGAAAGAGGAAAUCGUCAAGCUGGUCGAUUUACAGAGAGCAAUGAAAAAUGAUUUACAUCGAGAUGAAUCCGAGAUAUCUCGAUGGCGUGGCCAGGCGAUUGCCGCCCUUCUCACAUUCCCACAUCAUAGAAUUCGGGCUGAGGAAGUAUCACGUGUUCACCUGCAGAGGCUGAAAGAGGAUUUGGAGGCCUGGUUAGGAAAGAUCCCGGGAAGUCUCACAGAGUCCCUGAAGACCAACGUUCUUCAGAGAGCCACAAAGGCACUGGACAUGAUAUGUUGCUCCAACAAGACAUACUCUGUUGGCAGUCUCGAUAUCCCGCCAGGCCCCAACGACGGACAGAAUAUGCCCGGGCAGUUUAGGGACAUGAUCACCUGGCGACAAACACCGUCGAGCGCGAUCGUGGACCUGCUACAGUGUCUUUGGCCCGUCGUCAUGCGCAUAGGUGAAAGUGGGCAGGACGAUCUGCUCUUAGUCCAGCCAACGUGGCUGGGGUAUACAGAGCCCGGACGGCUUCCUAGGCCUCUGACGCCCACACCCAAGAGUUCUUCUCCAGAUGAGCAUGGCAACAGAAGACCAGAUCGCGAGCGUGCGGUAUCAAGGAGCUCGAGAUCUCAGGGCAACAUGGGGCAAUUGCAACAGGAUCCAUCUAUCGAAAGAUCAAAGAAGUCUAUCCAGUCUCUUGAAAACUCCUCGAGCUCGAAUCCAGAUGCCAAAAAGGUUUCAAUCAUGAAAUACUUUUCGGCGUCACCCACCACUUCUCUGCGUACAAGAGAAGAUCAUAGACCAAAUGCACACGUCGCGCCGGGCGGAAACGAGGACCAUCCUUCGACUCUGGUUUCCUCCAUUUCGAAACGCUAA